UUUACCUACAUGAGCAGAGCUGUUACCUGAUUGGCGCACACAGCCAUCGUCUUUGUGUGCAUCAGUGAUGAUUAUAGAUUAGACACAGCCAAAACGAUAGUACGAUUACCUACCGAGUAUUUCCCAUUUCAUUCUCUCGUCUUCGACCGUCGACAGACUGUGACUGCGUGAAGAGGCGAAUAUGACCAUAAGAAAUGUACGGGACCAUGGGCAGAGAUACAGACCGCGUAUGGCAUGCCUGAAGAAGGUGGAGAAUGUGGUGUUGGAGAUGCAGGACCCCAAAACUGGAGUGAAAUCUCAGACCCAGAGGCUUGUAAUCACCACCAUCCCACAUGCUAUAACAGGGGAAGAUAUUGUUGCAUGGAUCACUAAUCGAUUCAAAAUAGAUGCAACGGAGGCCCGAGCUAUGGGGACCAUGAUGGUGGCGUUUGGGUACAUCUAUCCACUACAAGAUCAUAAGAGACUCAUCCUUAAACCAGAUGCAUCCCUGUACCGCUUUCAGACCCCAUAUUUUUGGCCUGCGCAGCAGUGGUCGGUGGAAGACACAGACUAUGCAAUUUAUUUGGCAAAGAGAAAUAUACGCAAGAAAGGGAUGUUGGAGCUGUAUGAACAGGAACAGUACAACAAUCUUUACAAAUGGAUGAAUCACAAGUGGGAUUUUAUUGUAAUGCAGGCCAAAGAGCAGUACAGGGCGGGUAAGGAGAGGAAGAAGCCAGACCGGGUGGUUUUUGACUGUCAGGAACGGGCCUACUGGGUUGUACAUCGGCCACCGCCAGGAACUGUUAGUGCCAUGGACCAUGGACACGACAGGAUGGUUGACCCUAAUAUGGAGGAGAAUAAAACAACUGACUACUACAGAAGAAUAAUUAUGUUCACUCAGCAGUGUAUCAUGAGACCAAGGGUGAAGUCGUCUGUGUCAAUUGGAGCACUUGUUAAGUACACUACAACAUGCAAAGAGCAUGACCCAUUUCUCCAUGCCUGCCUCCCAAGCAACCCCUGGAUAACAGAUGAUAUUACAUAUUGGACCCUCAACAUGCCAAAUGUUGAGACCCCUACUAAAAUGAGGGUGGAGCGCUGGACUUUCAGCUUUGGAGAACUGCUUAUGGACCCUCGAGGAAGGGCCGAUUUCCGCCUUUUCCUUAAAAAAGAGUUCAGUGGUGAGAAUCUUGCCUUCUGGGAGGCGUGUGAGGAUCUGAAAUGGGGUGCUGCUGAGACAAUGAAAGAAAAAGCUCAGCACAUAUAUAAGACAUUUUUGGCCCGUGGAGCUCCACGUUGGAUCAACAUUGACGGCAAAACAAUGGAAGUAACAGUGAAGGGUUUGGCACAUCCUCAUCGUUAUGUACUGGAUGCUGCUCAAACUCACAUUUACAUGCUCAUGAAAAAGGACUCAUAUGGGCGAUAUCUCAAGUCCCCAGUCUUCAAGGAAACUCAAAAGAAGGCCGUUGCUCCUGAACCACACAGAUUCACUGAGACGCAGUUGGAGCAGAAUUCCAAGAGAAGGCGACCCAGCCUGAGUCCCAUCAUCCUCAGACAGCAGGAGGAAGAACAGAAGGCCAAACUUGCAGCAACUGGCCCGGUGGACAUCACACAGCUCUGCCGGUUCACAGCACCUGUGCCUCAUCUGGCAGUGUAUACAGGCAUUUGUGAAGCACAGUCCACUGCCUCCCCUGGGCUCAUGACACUGCCCAACAGUGCUGCCUGCCCGUCUCCCAUCAGCGUCGCCAUCGACAGCACUCCAGCCUCAGAGAGGAGGUUUGACGGUAACGGAGGGCCUUCCUCCUCCCAUUUCCCAUCAAUUGCAGAGGCAUCAGUAUCAGAGGAAGAGAACCAGCCACCUGCCCCAAAGUCUCGUAUGGCUCUGUCACUGAGCAGACUCCUCCGCAGAGGAUGCAACGCCCCGUCUGUCUUUGCCAGCCUAUCCCCGAAAUGUGCUGUGGCUUCAGGAGGAGGCAAAGUACAGCCUCUUGGAGUGGAGCCGCUUGCACAACCUCAGCCCAGAAGAAUUGCAAACUUUUUUCAAAUCAAAGUUGACAUCCCACCUGAAUGCCGCAUCUACCCCAUUGAUUCAGAAGAUGAGGAGGACAACAGUCCUGAUACAGCAAGAGGAGGUGUGAAAGAAAUCAUUUGUCCGUGGGAAACUGUCACCAAACAAGAUGGAGCUGGAUAGAAGAGUCAUAGACGAGUCAGUAGAGAGGAAGGAGAUACACUGAACCAAUACUUGUGUCAUAAAUAUUCUGUUUUACAACCCCGAGAAGGCUGUGGUAGUAAUAUAUGAAGUAACCUCAUCUCUAAUUGACCUGUCUGUUAUUUUUGAUAGCUAUUAGGUAGUGCCUACGUGUUAUUGUAGCCAAUGAUCUGGUUAUGAUAUGUUUAAAUGGUAGUUUUAUAUACAUAAAUUCGUAUUCUGAUGUCACUGUUCUUUUAUGACUGAAGGGGCCUUAUUUUAAGAGAUUUUUUGUUUAUCAUCAGUUUGUUUAGUGGUGCGGACAAAAUAUUUUGUACUUGGCUUGUUCACUGUUUUAUAUAGCUGCAAAACAUGCAUAAAUGUGAAUUGCUUUAAGAAAUGUUAUUUUCAUAGAAGUAAAUCUAGUAAGGCAGUAAAACGGAAUGUGGUUACACAUUUGCUGUCUGAAUGUAUAACCUUUAAAAUGUUUACAGCUCACUUCAGAAUGUGAAUUUGUUCAUGACUCAUGUUUAAAUUGUGUAAGUGCCUCAAUAAAUCAUUCAAGGUUA